UUUUCAAUGAUUUCCUCCUCCUAAUUCGCACCCACUGAAGAAAGAUUAGAGUUAGACUUUGGAUGAAUUCUGUGAUUCGGACCGUUUUAUCUCCAACUGCUACAAGUCUCAUUUCCUCCCUCUCCUUCCAAUCAAGGAGAGUAUUUUCGACAAGUUGUGCGGAUUUCCAGAUGGGACGUGACAAUUUGAGUCUGAUUGACAAAACAAAGCAUGCGAAAGUUCGCCUUUGCAAUGUGACCGGAUACAAAACAGAUUUGUUAGAGAUUCCUGCCCGAGAUCCUUCAUUGCACGUUGUGUUUAUCCCUGGCAAUCCUGGUGUUAUUUCAUUUUACACUGAUUUUCUGGAAUCACUGUUUGAGCUGCUGGGAGGAACUGCAUCAGUCACAGCUAUUGGGCACAUAUCCCACUCAGAAAAGGACUGGGAGAAUGGUAGGUUGUUCUCAUUGCAAGAACAAAUUGAUCAUAAGGCAAGCUUCAUAGAGCAUGAAUUUCAGGAUGUUGAAGUUCCCAUAAUACUGGUUGGCCACUCCAUUGGUGCAUAUAUAUCUCUUGAAAUAUUUAGAGGAUCUCAAGAGAAGGUGAUAUAUUACAUAGGAUUAUAUCCAUUUUUGGCUGUAAACACUGUAUCGUCAGCACAGUCUUUCAUUCGGAGAUUUGCAGGGUCUCAGUUUCUAUGUGCUGCACUUGGUUCUAUUGGGGGCUUGUUGGGAAAGCUACCAACUCAGAUUUCAGGAUUUGUUGUGAAAAAUUCUAUAGGGAAAUCAUGGUCUUCUUCUGCAGUUGUAUCUUUUUGUACAAGUGUACUUCAGUAUCACACAAUCCGGAAUAUGCUUUUUAUGGCAAUGACUGAAUUCCAGAAGCUUUCAGAAAAACCGGAUUGGGCUUUCAUGGGAGAGAAAAAAGGCCAGAUAGCAUUUUUGUUUAGUGAUGAUGAUCACUGGGGUCCAUUGCAUUUAUAUGAAGAGAUUCGCAAGCAGAUCCCUAAUGCUCGUGUGGCAGUUGAACGUGAGGGUAAUACUCAUGCUUUCUCUUGCUCAGAUGCUGGAUCAUUGUGGGUUGCUCAGCAUGUGGCGAGCUUGAUCAAGAAUUGUAUAUCAAAUUCAAAUUUAUGAAGGCUACAGAAAUAGUCCAAUGACAUAUGCACUAAGCAAUACUGGGAGGAUUAUGAGAACUGGUUAGCAAUUAUUCUGAAGGACUGUGUUUCUCUUUAUGGUAUGUUUGGUAAAUCGAACUAGACAUCAUCAGACAGUAGUAAACAAAGAAAAAAGCUCAAAUUUUAUCAAUUGUAUUAUCUAGUCGUGUCUUGUAUUGCAUAGCAUGACCUUAGUGUAGUUAGGAUUUAAAUUACUGUGCAGUUCUUUUUUCCAACUUAACUCUCUUGGUAUCCUCCUUGGUGUUUGAUUAUUACAAUAGGAUUAAUUCGAGUUCCCUAAAACGUUUAAGCA